GUCCAGCUCUGACGACGGGUCAGGAGGUAAAUUUGAUGGAAAAAGAAAAAGCAAGUCUUUCUGGCAAAGUUUCCGUAAGUCACAGAAAGGACUGAUACGUCAAGUUUCCAAAGGUGAUGAUGUUGGCUUCAUGGCCAGUGAAAUAACUAUGGGUGAUGAAGAGCGUAUUCAGCUGAUGAUGAUGGUGAAAGAGAACAUGAUCUCUAUAGAGGAAGCUCUUGCUCGGCUGAAGGAGUUUGAGAUUCAAAACAAGCAAAGCUGCAGAUCUGGUCUGACAGAGUCUCCAGAGCCCUGUGGUUCCUCCACAAACAAGCAGUUCAGCUGUAAUCCCUGUGACCUGUCAGACAACGAAGAGGAAUCUGUCACAUUUAAAAGGCUCCACAAACUCGUCAGCUCCACUCGGAAAGUCAAGAAAAAACUGAUCAGAGUGGAUGAUGAGAAGAAGCCCGAAGUGGAAGUUUGUCCUGCAGACUCAUCAUCUCUGCAGAAACAACUCAGUCAUGACAAGGACCUAGACAGCCUCUCCACCUCCCCGUCAUCAAGCAGCUUGGACAUCUGCAUCAGCCAAAAUAUGUUCCAGACCUUCAGCAGGUCCAGCAGGAGUCCUGCUCAUCCAGAGACCCUUGGAGUUGAGGAGGUGAGGGAGGCAGGGCAGGACUCUGAAACAAAGGGUCACAUCAUCCAGGAAGCCAGAAUAGUGCGCUCAGUAACUGAUGGAGCACUACGGAGUCAGGUCCUGGGCUCACUUAGCCUCCAUGGGAGAGCCUGCAGCUUUGGAGGGUUUGACCUGACCAGUCGCUCAGUCUCUUCUGACACAGAUAAGACAAUCAAAGAUGGAGAGAGUGGUGUGAGAGAGCUGAGGUCUCUCCCGAUGUCACGGAUUUCUUUAGGCAAGAAAGUCAAGUCUGUGAGAGAAACUAUGAGAAAACACAUGUCCAAGAAAUAUCACUCUGAACAGUCAAGUCCAGACCGCUCGUGCAGCUGCCCCCCUUCGCCUCAGACCGACUCCAACUCUUUGGAGAAUCCCAAACUGAAGCCUGGAGGGUCUGUGGAAAGCCUGAGGAGCUCCCUCAGUGGUCAGAGUUCCAUGAGUGGUCAGACGGUGGGCACCACCGACUCCUCCAACAGCAACAGAGAGAGUGUGAAGUCAGAGGAUGGAGAGGAAGAUGAGGUUCCGUACCAUGGACCGUUCUGUGGACGGGCUCUGGUUCAUACUGAUUUUACUCCCAGUCCGUACGACACAGACUCCCUCAGACUGAAGAAUGGAGAUGUUAUUGACAUCAUCAGUAAGCCCCCCAUGGGGACGUGGAUGGGGAUGCUCAACGGUAAAGUCGGCACCUUUAAGUUCAUUUAUGUGGACGUCCUGAAUGAAGAAGUCAAACCUAAAAAGACCCAAAGAAGGAGAAAGGCCCGGCAACCCAAACCCACAUCUGUUGAAGAGCUACUUGAUCGCAUCAAUCUUAAAGAGCAUCUUCCCACCUUCCUGUUUAACGGCUACGAGGACCUGGAGACGUUCCAGCUGCUGGAGGAGGAGGACCUGGAUGAGCUGAACAUCACAGAUGGUCAGCACAGAGCGGUGCUGCUCACAGCUGUGGAGCUGCUGCAAGAGUAUGAUGGAAGGGACAAAAAGACAGCUGAACCCAGGAGCAGGACUUCUUCUGAGCAGAAGUCCAGUCGUGUCGCGUCCUCAGGACCCCCUGUCCUCCCCCUGCUCCUCACCUCCACCUCCUCCUGUGAGAGGAAACCCAAACUCCUGCCCUACACCCUCCCACCUCCUACACCCACACACAACUGUGUAUCAGCAGCUCCAAGUGAGGGUUCUGUUCGGAGCCUGAGCUGUGUGGAUCUAAGGAGCAGUCCGGCACCGGGUCUGCUGCGCUGCUCCUCCCUGAUGACUUUACACACAGAGCUGGAACCACACACACACACAGAGCUGGAACCACACGCACACACAGAGCUGGAACCACACGCACGUUCCACUUCAGUGGUUGAGUUCUGA